AUGGGAGAUUUCAUGGAGUUGGUGAUAACAUCAAGUACUGCAGAGCUCAAGAAGGAUGAGACCUUCUGUGUUGUGUCUGAAUUUGAUGAUUGCUGCUGUCCACAUGCAGCUCGAAUAGCCCAUCAAAAAUACAGAGCUAUUCUGAAGAAAGAAAAGCGAAAAAAAAAGCGGCAGGCGCUUGCCAAACUAAGAGACUCAGAAGCUACAGAAAAAGAUGAAUCAGUGUCUGAGGAGGAAGAGGAGGAAUUGGAAGAGGAGGAGGAGGAAGAAGAAGAAGAAAAAAAACUUGAGGCAGAAAGACAAAAACUACAUGAGCAGUGGUUGCUGAGAGAAGAAAAGGCCCAAGAAGAGUUCAAGCUUAAGAAAGAAAAAGAAGAGGCUGCAAGGAAACGUCAAGAAGAAGAAGAGAGGAAGAUCAAAGAAGAAUGGGAAGAGCAGCAAAGAAAAGAGAAAGAAGUGGCACAGCAGAAGCAACAGGAGAAGAGAGAGAGAGAGGCAGCUGUGCAGAGGAUGCUGGAUCAAGCUGAAAGCCAGCUGGAGAAUGGUGUGACGUGGCAUAACCCAGAGCCCCCAGAGAAUAUAGGAACAGAGAAGGACAGAGCAAAUUGCCCCUUUUAUAUCAAAACAGGUUCCUGCCGAUUUGGAGACAGGUGUUCUCGCAAGCAUAACUAUCCAACAUCUAGUAAGACACUACUCGUCCGAGGCAUGUUCAUUACUUUUGGCAUGGAGCAGUGCAGGAGAGAUGACUAUGACACGGAUGCGAGUCUCGAGUACAGUGACGAGGAGACCUACCAGCAGUUCCUGGAGUUCUACGAGGACGUGCUCCCUGAGUUUCAGAACGUGGGGAAGGUUGUUCAAUUCAAGGUCAGUUGCAACUAUGAGCCUCACCUGCGAGGAAACGUGUAUGUCCAGUAUCAGUCGGAGAAGGACUGUCAGGCAGCUCUUGCUCUGUUCAGUGGACGAUGGUAUGCAGGCCGACAGCUUCAUUGUGAAUUUUGUCCUGUGACAAGGUGGAAAACUGCUAUAUGUGGCUUAUUUGAAAGGCAGAAGUGUCCAAGAGGGAAACACUGCAACUUUCUUCAUGUAUUCAAAAAUCCAAACAAUGAGUUUUGGGAGGCCAAUAGAGACAUACGUAUUUCUCCUGAACGGACCAGUCAGUUAUCUAAAAACUCUGAAAGGAGAAACAGAACGAGCCAUCGCGAUGACUAUUACAGCCGGUCAAGGAGAAGGGGCAGCCCAAGCCCAGAUCAUUCUUACCGGAGAAAUGGAGAAUCGGAGAGAAAAAAGAAUCGCCGCAAAAACAAGAAAAGGCGCCGGUCUGGCAGGUCAAGAAGUCGGGAAAGGAGGAGGUCUCACAGCAGGGGCAGAAAGAGGAGAGGCCGCAGUCGCAGCAGAAGUCACAGUCGAACACGCAGCAGGAGCAGAAGUCGGAGUUCCUCUCGAUCCAGGAGCAGGGGUAAAAAGAGAUCGAGCAGCAGAGGAAAAAAUAGUGAAACUCCCAAAACAAAGUGAGAAUUAUUUUUAGAAGCUGCUAAUUGAUCAAACGUAGACCUGACAAAGAAAUCUUUCCAAUAGGGCAUCAGAUACAUUUGAGUUUCAAAUAAAGUGUUCUUGCACAUUAAAAUGUUUCUUCCUAAUAAAGGAACUUAGUUUAUUGUGUGCUAAGCUUCAGAAAAUUAAAAGUUUUAAGUCCUAUAUAAGGUGUGAAUGUCAAGUACUCUAGCUACUCUGUCCCUCUGAACUGCUGCAACAUCUGGAUGCAUACCGAGUACCAAUAGAAAGAGAAGUAAAGUUUAUUUGGU